AUGUCAAAAUUAGCAGCAGAACGAGUUCGCUCGGUAAUGAGCAAGCAAAGAAGUCUAGAAAAUCUUGAUCUGGACGAUACAAAACCUGUCGAGGGUAUCACCUUAGAAGUUUUAUCCGCUGAUACUCAAUGGUCAUGCGAUCAAACAUUCGUGAUGGUUCAAAUGUUAAAGGCUGGCACAGUGGAGAAACACAUGGCUGAAAUGCAGUUUAGUACGCCUUGCAAUACAUGCGGAAAUCUGUUGAGCGCCAAGAAGAUUGUGAUUCUGGGACUGACGACAUCCAUGUGA